UUCUGGCAACAACUCCUUCCCUGUCAGGCGACGAAUUCCGGCGGAAAAGCUGCUCUAUAUUGUGAAAACUAUCAUGCCACGAAACUAUAUUCGAAAAACUGACUGGGGCUCAGCAACUUAUGAGGAGCUGGAAAAAGCAUUUGUUGAAGUCAAGCGUGGCAAAUCCAUCAGAACAGUGGCAAAAGAGAGAAACAUUGGUAGGUCCACCCUGCAGAGGUACAUGAAAAAAGCAAAAGAAAAGAGAGAAAAGACUGUCGGGUACAGAGGAACGGCAGAAGCCAAAAGGAUCUUGUCUGAGGAGUUAGAGGAGGAGCUGGCAGAAAACAUCAGGAUGCUGGCAGAACGCUGCAGCGGCAUUACUCCAAAGAAAUGCAGAGAAAUGGCAUUUGAAUUGACACAAAGAAAAAACCUUCCUGUUCCCAACAACUGGGGAGAGCAAAGGUUAGCAGGUCGAGACUGGUUCAGUAGUUUCGCAGCCCGCCACAAUCUCCACUGCUAUAUACCUGAAGCGACAUCUUUGGGAAGUCAUGGACAGGUCAUCAGUUUCAGUCUUGUCAACCAGAAUGAAGUCAAGAAACAAAUCAAAGAGGAGAAUAAUGUACCCAUCUUGAUCCAUGACACUUUAGAGGAUGAGAAUACUGAGAUUUGUGAUUCAAACCAAGACCUGUUAGAUACUGACUUGUUUCUUACUUGAUGUUAUAUGGUGAACAGAAAAAUAAAUAAUAGUUUCACAAUUGUUUAUGCCAAGUACAAACAUUAAAAAAUUUUGAUUUUUAAAACUGUUUCUUGUUGGUUUUGAGAUAUUUUUACUGAAAAUUAUUUGGAAUUAUGUAAGACAUGUUUAUUUUUCUUUUGGAGUUUUGUUUUUGUUUUUACUUGAGAAAGUAAAUUGUUCAACUUAUUUAUUCAAGCACUUUUUCAAUACAGCUGUGCCAUUAUUUUGUAAUAACUUGUGUACACUCACCGAGCACUUCAUUAGGAACACCUGUACACCAACUUAUUAAUGCGAUUAUCUAAUCAGCCAAUCAUGUGGCAGGAGUGCAGUGCAUAAAAUCAUGCAAAUACAGGUCAGGAGUUUCAGAUUAUAUAUUCACAUCAACCAUCAGAAUGGGGAAAAAUGUGAUCUCAGUGAUUUCGACCGUUGCAUGAUUUUUGGUGCCAGAUUUGCUGGUUUGCGUAUUUGUGUAUCUGCUGAUCUCCUGGGAUUUUCACUCACAAAAGUCUCUAGAGUUUACUCAGAAUGGUGCAAAAAAACAACAUCUAGUGAGGGGCAGUUCUGUGGAUGGGAAUGCCUUGUUGAUGAGAGAGAUCAACGGAGAAUGGACAGACUGAUUCAAACUGACAGAAAGUUUAAGGUAACACAAUAACUGCACAAUUGUAGUGAGCGAAAUAGCAUAUCAGAAUGCACAUGUCGAACCUUGAGGCGGAUGGGCUACAAAAGCAGAUGACCAUGUCGGGCACUUUAAAGUGCUCAAUGAGUGUAUAUACAAUUGCAAUAUAUAAAAUACAAUUACAAGAGUUUAUGUUAGUUCAUAGUAUAUUAAGUAAUGUUAACAUACUAUUUACAACUUUUAAUUUUAAAAAUGUAUUUUGUAUUGUGGCAGGGCGGAGGGCGGGCCGGGUCGUGAUCCUACACACCCGGUCCCAUAGUAGGCUAAUUAUGCCUCCGUGAGGGAUAAAGGCUGACUGCAGGGGAUCGGGCGGGAGAGAGAGAGAUUGUUAACGGACAUGUCCGUCAUGUGUGUGUUUGUGUCUUCUUUUAAGUUUAUCAUUAAACUAUUAUUUGUAUUGAAAAGCCGGUUGUCGCCUCCUCCUUGCCCAUCCUUUACACUGGUGUCGAAGCCUGGGAAGGAGGAGGGAUAUGCAGUAGUAAUGUUCUCGUCACUACCGUCCAUCCCAACGGAGCAGCCGCGGCCAUCUGCCGGGGGACGAGGAGCCCAGCCGCCUGAAAGAGGACGAUGGCCGCCGACCGCGAGGGGAGAAGGGGCUCCUAACUGACCGCCUGGAGCGGUCAGGGGCGGAGGAGUUCCCUACCAGCCGCUGAAACGCGGCGGGGUUUAAGACCGCCGACCGCGCGCGGGGAGGGGCUCACUGCCGACCGCCUGGAGUGAGAGAACCGCUGCCAGGGGCGGGGGAGACCCCUUCUGUUCCCCGAGAACACGACGGGGCGUUCCGUCCGCCAGGGGCUCGAGGACUGCCUCUGAUCUGCCCAGAGAGGCGUGGCUGUCGUCCGAUAGAGGGUGGAGGAGUGGCCGAGGAACAAGCUGCGGCGUAUCGGAGAACUGGCGAGUAAGAGUUUUUUUUUUUCUCUCUCUCUGUCACUGUCGCUCUGCGUUGGCCUUUUCCCUCUUUUAAAUUUUACAGUUUUUGGGGGGGUGGUACUACACUGUUACAGGAAGUACCCCCCCCCCCAUUUUUAUUAUUUCUGUUUCCCUCCCCUUGUCCCCUCCCUCGUCCAGGUAGAUGGGGAUGACCUGCCGGCAGACUAGACGUAAAGCACGCCCUCCCCCCCAGGGAAAGAGGGGGCUCCCCAGCCUGAGAGAACGAGGGAGGAAUGUGACAGGGCGGAGGGCGGGGCCGGGUCGUGAUCCUACACACCCGGUCCCGUAUUAGGCUAAUUGUGCCUCCGUGAGGGAUAAAGGCUGACUGCAGGGGAUCGUGCGGGAGAGAGAUCGUUAGCGGACAUGUCCGUCAUGUGUGUGUUUGUGUCUUCUUUUAAGUUUAUCAUUAAACUAUUAUUUGUAUUGAA